AUGAAUCUGGUCAACGCCGCCCUUGACUUUUUCAUGCCGCCGGCUAGCUUGCUGAUGCUGGCCUUUGCAUGGCCGACUCUGUUUUUGGUCAACGCCGGCGAGAGGAUUUACAAGAGUUACUACGACAGUGAAAACAUGGACAACAAAGUGGUGCUCAUCACUGGUGCCUCCUCUGGCAUUGGAGAGGAAGAAGAAUGUAGGAGAUUCGUAAAUGAGACAAUCAGCUAUUUCGGACGUUUGGAUCAUCUAGUGAAUACUGUGAGUCUAGGGCACACCUUCUACUUCGAGGAAGCUAAUGAUUCGAGCGUGUUCCCCAUUUUAAUGGAUAUAAAUUUCUGGGGCAAUGUGUACCCGACUUAUGUGGCGCUACCUUAUUUGCGGGAGAGUAAUGGGCGUAUCAUAGUGAAUGCUUCAGUCGAGAACUGGUUGCCCCUUCCUAGGAUGAGCUUGUACUCUGCUGCGAAAUCGGCACUGAUGAACUUUUACGAGACGUUGAGGUUUGAGGUGAAAGACGAGGUCGGGAUAACUGUAGCAACCCAUGGUUGGAUCGGAACUGAGAUUGCUGGCGGCAAGUUUAUGGUCGAAGAAGGUGCUGAGAUGCAGUGGAAAGAGGAACGGGAAGUACACGUGUCGGGUGGCGCGGUGGACGAGUUUGCGAAGCUGAUAGUGGCGGGGGCAUGCAGGGGGGACCCGUACGUGAAGUACCCGAGCUGGUACGACAUAUUCUUCAUGUAUCGAGUUUUUGCUCCGAAAGUUCUCUACUGGACUUUCCGGUUCCUCCUAACUAACGGCGGUGUGAAAAGAGCGACUUCGUAUAUUGGCACCGGGCGGCCGCUCAUAGAGGCGGCUGACGCCGCCUCUCCUCCCCGGAAACAACUCUAUCUGGAGGCGGCAUCUCCGCCUGGGAGCUUCUAUGGGAGCCCACCGACUUCCUCACAAGGGGCUUACCAGAGGAAAUUGGAGUAA